CUCAUUUAACUCUGUACUUUGUGCCACCAUGUUCAGGCCCGUUUACAGACAUGCCGCAAGGCAAUUGGGAGCCUCCGCGCGCAGCGUACCCGCCGCCCGCCGCCAUAUGCAUACACCUGUACCCUUCGACUGGCAGGACCCAUUGGGUGCUAAGAAUCUCUACACCGACGAAGAGUUGGCUAUUGCAGAGACUGCCGAGUCAUACUGCCAGGAGCGAAUGUUUCCUCGUGUGCUAGAGGCCUACCGCAAUGAAGAUUACGAUAGAAAGAUCCUUGAGGAGAUGGGCGAACUUGGUUUGCUAGGAGCUACCAUCCAAGGUUAUGAAUGCGCCGGUGUUAGCAGCGUCGCGUCGGGCCUUAUUACACGAGCGGUAGAACGCGUGGACUCGGGAUACAGGUCUGGCAUGUCGGUGCAGAGCUCGUUGGUCAUGGGCGGCAUCGACGACUUUGGCACUGAGGAGCAGAAGCAAAAGUUCCUUCCUGGUAUGGCUAAGGGAAAGACCCUUGGCUGUUUUGGCUUAACGGAACCGAAUCAUGGUUCAGAUCCUGGCUCUAUGGAGACUACGGCUAAGCCGCAUCCCACCAAGAAGGGCUACUUCUCCCUUUCUGGCUCCAAGACGUGGAUCACCAACUCCCCAAUUGCGGACGUCAUGCUUGUCUGGGCGAAACUCCAGAGUACGGGCAAGAUCCGGGGAUUCCUUGUCGAGCGCAAGGAUUGCCCUCCCGGCACCUUGAGCACGCCUAAGCUUGGCAACAAAAACGGUCUGAGGGCAUCAAUUACUGGCAUGAUACAGCUUGAUGAAUGCCCGGUACCCGAGGCCAACAUGUUCCCUGAUAUCGAGGGUCUGAGGGGACCCUUUAGCUGCCUGAACUCUGCGAGAUACGGCAUUGCUUGGGGAACCAUGGGCGCACUCGAAGACUGCAUUGACAGGGCCAGGACGUACGCGCUUGAACGAAAACAGUUCAAGGGUAACCCCCUCGCCAAGUACCAGCUGGUCCAGAAGAAGCUGGCGGAUGCAGCAACCGAUGCAGCCUAUGGCAUCCUGGCUGCUUACCAGGUUGGCAGAUUGAAGGAUGAGGGCAAGGCAUCGCCAGAGAUGAUAUCCAUGAUCAAGCGCCAGAACUGCGACAGGGCUCUAGUCAACGCGAGAGUGUUGCAAGAGAUUUUUGGCGGCAACGCCGUCAGUGACGAGUAUCACAUCGGGCGACAUGUCUCAAACCUCUUUGUCACACAGACAUACGAGGGCCAGAGCGAUAUCCACGCACUCAUAUUAGGAAGAGCCAUUACUGGCAUCCAAGCCUUUUGUUAAAUCGAGACGUGUCGAGUCGGAAGUUGGGAGUUGAACAGGCACAGGCGCUAUGUCGUGUCACGGCGCAUUUGGCAUGUUGGGAAGACGGCGGGAUGGGUGUGGACUGUUUUUGUGUGAGCUGGUAUGGAAAGAUGGGGGUGUCUGGGUUUUGGUUAGUUUUUGGGGUUAGUAGGUGGGCAAGCUAGGUAGUAGUAGUCAUGAGCGGCAGGAUGCAGAGGCCCAAGACCUGAGGUGAAGGCAAACACAGAAAGGGAGCGUGCUGCACUGCACAGCGUGUGUAGCGCAUGCACGCGGACAUAAGGCUGCAGGUGAAAGGAAGUGCCAAACGCAGGUACACACUAGGUGAGUACACCGGGACGCCACGUGACGGCGGGCUGGGCUGGGAGGGCUUUGAGUCAAGCUUGGCUGAGUGAGCACGGCUGAGGCGGCGGGCGAGGGAUGUAGGUAUAAUAAAGCAGGC